AUGCGCCUCGGUAUCGCUCUAUUCUCCCUCAUCGGCCUCUGCCACUCGGUGUCCGCUUUGAUUGCCUUCCCCGGCGCUGAAGGUUUCGGCGCCAACGCAGUAGGCGGCCGUCAGGGCGAAAUAUAUGUCGUCACCAAUCUGAACGACUCGGGAGAGGGAUCGUUGCGGGAUGCUGUCUCCGCAACCGAUCGAAUUGUUGUCUUUGCUGUGGGAGGCGUCAUAGAGAUCUCAGAUCGCAUUGUCGUGUCGAAACGAGUGACCAUCCUCGGGCAGACGGCUCCUGGAGAUGGCAUUACCGUCUACGGGAACGGGUGGUCGUUUUCCAACGCCGACGAUGCCAUUGUUCGCUAUAUUCGGAUUCGGAUGGGCAAAGUCGGUGAUUCAGGCAAAGAUGCCAUCACAAUCGCCGAAGGCAGUACCAUGAUCUUCGACCAUGUGUCUGUCUCAUGGGGUCGCGACGAGACGUUCUCGAUCAGCGGGACCGCCAGCAACAUCACCAUCCAGAAUACCAUCAUCGCGCAAGGCUUGGAGACACACUCUUGCGGCGGUCUCAUCCAGACCGGUGGCGGUGUGUCGCUAUUCCGCAAUCUCUAUAUCGAUAACAAGACCCGCAAUCCCAAGGUCAAGGGCGUCAACGACUUUACCAACAAUGUUGUGUACAACUGGGGCGGCGGCGGCGGAUAUAUCGCCGGUGAUUCUAGCGGCGAUUCCUAUGCCAAUAUCAUUGGAAACUACUUCAUCAGUGGCCCUUCCACGUCGGUGACGGCGUUUACACGUGGCAACGAGUAUUUCCACGGCUAUGUGGAAACCAACUACUAUGAUCCUGAUCGGGAUGGAACGCUGAAUGGCAACGAGCUGGGUGUGUCCGCAAGCAACUAUGGCGGAAUGGCACUUGUCGACACCAAGUACGACUACCCGGCGGUUGAAUAUCAAAUGACCCCCGGUGAAGCGGUGAACUAUGUGACUGGGUAUGUGGGAGCGUCCAAAGUGCGCGACAGUGUUGAUACGCAGUUGAUUGCCCAGGUCAAGUCCUGGGGUACGAAGGGAGAGCUCAUCUCGGAUGAAGCUUCGAUGGGAGGGCCUGGAGAUUUGGAUGGAGGCUCUCCUCCUACUGACUCGGAUGGCGAUGGCAUCCCCGACGAUGCGGAAACGGAGAUUGGAAGCGAUCCCAACACGGCGGACUCGAUGGAGUUGCACAGCAGUGGAUAUACGUAUGUGGAAAUGUGGGCAAACUCGCUGGUUCCAUCCAGUUACCAUUAA